CAUGACUUCUUCCUGAGUCAGGGUCCCUCUCAGGAUGGCGGCCCAGGCUCGGACCCCUCGGUCAAGGUCGCGAAUCUUGGGCUGCUCCUCCAUGAUGCGCUUUCUCCGAAACCUGGUUGGGAGCAAGGGUGUUUCUAACAAGUCCUGGACCAGGAGCCGGCCCAGCCCCUCCCAGGAGCAGGAUGGUGUCUUCCCAAGGAUGGGCCGCAAAGGAGGUCGUGGGAGGAGGGAGCCACAGCUACAGGCCGUGGUCCCCAAGGUCCUCUCUGCAGGCCCCUCAAACCUGCUGCCGCAUGAUGCCUGUGGGCUGGGCACUGGGGACACGGGAUCCCAGACUCUCACCUCCAAGGACGCCCUGAAGCUGAGGUCCCAGGGUGCAGAGGUGUCAUCGGUCCCCACCAGAGAGACCAAGGAGGUUCUGGGUCACCUGUCUGAGAAGAAAGGAAAGGAGGAAGAGCCAGCAGGGGAGGCCUCGGGGGCCUCGGGGGACUCAGACAGGGAACACUUUACCCAGGCCCUGGAGGCAGAACAAGGAUCCCUGCAGUGCGUCCCAGGACCACUGGCCCUCACCCCUGAGGGCUUCGUCAAAGAGGAAGAGGAGGAGCACUGCCUAAUUGAGAUUGGAGACCUCAGAUUGGCCUCUUGCAAGGCGGGGUCCACCCCGUGGAACUAUCUCCUUGGCUUGUACAAGCACCUGCACAAGUCAGCCAUGACCAAGGCUCAGAGACCAGGUGUGCCUCAGCUUCCUCUGAAGGAAGGCUCGCCCCAUGAGGAGAAAGGGGAGAGAGAAGAAGCGGAGGAGGACAGCUUCCUCAAGUUGUGUGCCCCACAUAUCGCCACCUUCCAGUGUCCUCUGCAGAAGACUUUUAGGUCCACAGACACAGUGGGUUUCGUGGAGUCUGAGCUGAAGAAGAUUCUGGCAGUGCGAAGAGAGUCCCGACUCUGGAAGGUGGGCAGCCCAGAAGGCCGGGAGCUUCUGACCAGGCCAGACAUCACGCUGGAGGAGGCCGGCAUGGUGGAUGGCCAGGUAUGCCUGGGUAUCCAUCUGAUCCACUGACUGAUGAAAGCGGGCACCUACUCCUGGAGGAGAUGGACGAGAUGGGGAACUGGCCUCCUCCAGAGUGAGGCCCUCACCGGCAGGAGCCCACUGUGCCCACACCCCUGGGACCCCAGUCCAGCAUGUGUCUCUUCCUGGGACACAUCAAGUCCCUGUGGCCCUGGGCUUUGGGAUGAGUAGCAUCCUGUGUGUGUGUGGUGGGCCUGCCCAGCACUGUCCUGACACAUCAGACGCCUAUAGAUGAUGUUAUUAAUAAAAACUUAGUUUAACCUUA